AUGCCGCAACAAACAACACCGCAAAACACCUCCACUUCCGAUGAUGGAAGACAAAGAAGAAGGAAAGAAAGUCCUCUCAAAUCCAUUCUCAAAAUUCCAUUAUUUAUUCUAGUUGUUGCCAUGUUAUUGAGAGUGUAUUUUAAAUUAGAAAAAAGUAAAGAAAAAAUUAAUCAACCAACGAGGACACUUAUAUACAAUGCAACCAUCGUGAAUGAGAAUAAACAAUUUUUAGGUCAUGUUCUCAUUGAAGGAGAAACUAUAAAGAAAAUUUUUAAAAACAAGAAGAAGAAUUUUGAUUUAACCGAAUUUCAACAAGACACAACUACUAAAAUUAUUAAUGCUACUGGAUUAUAUUUACUGCCAGGCGUCAUUGAUGAUCAAGUACAUUUCAGAGAACCAGGCCUCACACACAAGGCUACCAUUUAUACAGAAUCCAAAGCUGCAGUUGCUGGUGGAGUGACAUCUUUUAUUGAGCAACCGAAUACAAAUCCACAAACCACAACUCAAGAAUUACUUGAACAAAAAUUUGAAAUUGCCAAGAAUACUUCUCUUGCAAACUUUUCAUUCAUGUUGGGAGGUACAUUAACAAACUUACAAGAAAUAUUGAAAACAAAUGGAAGAAACGUGGCAGGUAUUAAGCUCUUUUUAGGAAGUUCAACAGGAAACAUGUUGGUCGAUGAUCCAAAGGUGUUAGAUGAAAUUUUCUCAAAGACAAAAUUACUCAUUGCUGCACACUGUGAAGAUGAAAAAACCAUUCGUGAAAAUUCUAAAGUUUACAGAGAGAAAUAUGGAGAAGAUGUACCAAUUCGUUGUCAUCCAGAAAUUCGAAGUGGUGAAGCAUGUUUCUUAUCUUCAUCGUUUGCAGUGAAUUUGGCCAAGAAGCAUAACACUCGGUUACAUAUUUUCCACAUUUCUACUGAGAGAGAAACACAUCUCUUUGAUAACAAGACGCCUCUAAAAGACAAGAGAAUUACAUCUGAAGUUUGUAUUCAUCACUUGUGGUUUACUGACAAGGAUUAUGAAACAAAAGGUGCAUUGAUCAAGUGGAAUCCAGCUGUGAAAACUGAAGCUGACAGAGAAGGUUUAUGGAAGGCAUUACUCGAUGACCGUUUGGAUGUAAUUGCUACUGACCAUGCUCCUCAUACCAUUGCGGAGAAGACUAGUACCUAUUUUAAAGCUGCAUCAGGUGGACCUCUUGUUCAGCACUCAUUAGUUGCCAUGUUGCAAUUUUAUCAUCAAGGCAAAAUUAGUUUGAACAAAAUUGUUGAAAAGAUGUGUCACAAUCCAGCAAUUGUAUUCCAAAUUGAAAAGAGAGGUUACAUUAGAGAGAAUUACAAAGCAGAUUUAGUAUUAGUUAAUUUGAAUAAGCCUUGGAUGGUAGACAAGUCAAAUAUUCUGUAUAAGUGUGGUUGGAGUCCGUUCGAAGGAGUUGAAUUCAAAUCAAAAGUUGAAAAAACGUUUGUCAACGGAGCCUUAGUUUUUGAUAAUGGCGUGUUUGAUGAAUCAACGAAAGGGCAACGUUUGCUGUUCAACAGACGUUCAUAA